GGGAUUUCUCUCCUUGGAGGGUGACUCCUUGGGUCAGCUGUGGACGAUGUCGCAGAGAGACUUCGAGCGCGGCGACGGGACCGGGGAGCAGGUGUCCGGGGCCAAAGUCAUCGCUCAGGCGCUGAAAACCCAAAAUGUGGAGUACAUGUUUGGCAUCGUGGGCAUCCCCGUGACCGAAAUCGCCCUCGCCGCUCAGGAGCUGGGCAUCAAAUACGUCGGGAUGAGGAACGAGCAGGCGGCUUGCUAUGCCGCCUCCGCUGUUGGCUAUCUGACAGGCAGGCCUGGAGUUUGCCUCGUCGUUUCUGGCCCAGGUCUCAUCCAUGCCUUGGGUGGUAUGGCAAAUGCAAACAUGAACUGCUGGCCCGUGGUUGUGAUCGGUGGCUCCUCCGAGAGGAGCCAGGAAACGAUGGGAGCCUUUCAGGAGUUUCCUCAGGUUGAAGCUUGUAGAUUGUAUAGCAAGUUCUCUGCCCGGCCGAGCAGCAUAGAAGCGAUUCCUUCUGUUAUUGAAAAGGCCGUGAGAAGCAGUAUUUAUGGUCGUCCAGGUGCUUGCUAUGUUGAUAUACCCGCGGACUUUGUAAGCCUCCAUGUGAAUGUGGAUUCUAUCAAGUACACAGAGUGCUGUUUGCCGCCUCCCGUCAGCCUGGCAGAUACCUCUGCUGUGUGUACCGCAGUGUCUGUGAUUCGGAACGCCAAGAAACCCCUUCUUAUUAUCGGAAAAGGUGCUGCUUACUCCCGCGCAGAAGAGAGUAUCAGGAGACUGGUGGACCAGUGUAAAUUACCCUUCCUGCCCACCCCCAUGGGGAAGGGCGUUGUCCCUGACAACCACCCAAACUGUGUAGCUGCCGCCAGAUCCAGGGCUUUACAAUUUGCUGAUGUAAUUGUGUUAUUUGGUGCCCGAUUAAAUUGGAUUCUGCAUUUUGGACUUCCUCCAAGAUACCAGCCAGAUGUGAAGUUUAUCCAGAUUGAUAUCUGUGCAGAGGAAUUAGGGAAUAAUGUAAGACCUGCUGUGACUUUGCUAGGAGACAUAAAUGCUGUCACUAAACAGCUUUUGGAACAAUUUAACAAAACAUCAUGGCGAUAUCCUCCAGAGAGCAAGUGGUGGGGGACCCUGAGAGAAAAAAUGAGGAGUAAUGAAGCAGCAUCCAAGGAAUUAGCUUCCCAAACAUCCUUGCCUAUGAAUUAUUACACAGUGUUCUUCCAUGUUCAAGAUCAGUUACCCAGAGACUGUUUUGUGGUGAGUGAAGGAGCAAAUACCAUGGACAUUGGGCGCACCAUCCUUCAGAACUACCUUCCUCGGCACAGGCUCGAUGCUGGUACUUUUGGAACGAUGGGAGUCGGUUUGGGAUUUGCUAUUGCAGCUGCCAUUGUCACUAAAGACAGAAACCCAGGACAGCGGGUCAUCUGUGUGGAAGGAGACAGUGCGUUUGGGUUUUCUGGCAUGGAAGUGGAAACCAUUUGCAGGUACAACUUGCCAAUCGUACUUUUGGUGGUAAAUAAUAAUGGGAUUUACCAAGGUUUUGAUGUAAACACGUGGAAGGAAAUGUUAAAGUUUGGAGAUCCCACUGCAAAGGCCCCUCCCGUCUGUCUCCUCCCAAAUGCACAUUAUGAGAAAAUCAUGAGUGCGUUUGGGGGCCAAGGGUACUUUGUGCAGACACCAGAAGAACUCCAAAAAUCUCUGAGGCAGAGCCUGGCAGACACAAGUAAACCCUCACUCAUCAACAUCAUGAUCGAGCCACAAGCUGUCCGGAAGACCCAGGAUUUUCACUGGCUGACCCGCUCUAAUAUGUAAAUAAAGACACCAGUGGAUGAUCUUGGAGAGUUUUCUUUUUUCCUGUGGAAGAAUUUUAUUUUCCAUAGAAAAAUGACUAUAUUAUACAAAGAGAAAUAAAAUGUUUCUAAAUGACAUGUUACAGUAAAUU